ACCCAUUUUUUUUUUUUUUUUAGUUAAUAUCAUGCAAGUUUUACAUAAGAGAGGAGGAGAGGGCAGGAACAAAACUUUAAUUGUGAUUAUGUAUGUGGGGUUGGUAUAAUUUUGAAUAGCGAAACAAGAGUAUGAUGUAGACGUUGUUGCAGUGAUUUCCAUCAAGGUAAAUGCGAACCAUAGGAUCAUAGGUACAAUUCUACGAAUUAAUAUUUUAACAUUUUUCUCUUCUUGGAACAUUGUGUUAUAAUUUAGAGUUAGGACGUUAAUUCUGUAUUUAAACAAAAUGACGUGCAGAUCUGCUGUCACUAUUUUCUGUCUUGUCUUGAACAACUUCAGGUAUUUCGAUCUCUCUUACCCCAUCUCCGAACAAUGCCAUUUCAUAAAUGACUCAAGUGAGAUGUGCAAUGUCUCCCUAAAGAAUCACAGCAUUGCAUGCAAGAUGAAAAUGUAAUAUGCACAACUGUACGAGACACUAAUGAUACCUAAAGCUACGUUUACACCGAAGCAAACACUAGCAACCUGGUAGCAUGCUAACUGGUAGCAUGCUAUCAGGUUGCCUACAGCCGAGGUUUCCUGCUAUCGAAGGCAACUAGAUAGCAUGCGACUGAACCGUUUACACCAAAGCAACCUGGUUGCAGUCAGUUUUGUUCAAGAUGUCGGUGCAGGCAGUCGCAGCAGCUGCGUUUCUCAUAUUGAAUUCCAAGAAGAAACGUAAAGGUACGUUUACACCGAGGCAAACACUAGCAACCUGGUAGCAUGCUAACUGGUAGCAUGCUAUCAGGUUGCCUCUGUUUGCCCGGUUGCCUGGCAACCAGAGUUUGCCUGCUACCAAUUUGCCAACGGUCGCCGGCUAUCCGCAGCUGAUGGGUUCAGUUGCCUGGUUGCCUCGCUCGCGAUGGUUGUGUGGGACAUAAACACGGUUAAAAAAGUGAUUGAGGAGUACCGGGAGAGGAGAGUCCUCUGGGAUUUAUGUGACCCAGCAUACAAGGAUAACAAAAAGAAAGUUAAGAUCUGGGAGGAUCUAGCUAAAGUGUUUAAUUGUGAUGUGAAAGAAAUAAAGGAUAAAGUGAAAAAUCUGCGCACUACAUUCCACAAAUACAGAAAAAAGAAAAGUGGAUCAGCUACAAGCGAACAAUGGAUUCACUACAAUUCUCUCACCUUCUUGCUUGAAGUCGAUGCACCUAAAAAGGGACUGUCCACUGAAGAGGACAUUUCUCAGAUUGAUGAUGAAACUUGUACUUCUGAUGAUCAGCUAACUGAAAUUGGUGAAGCUUUUCAAGAAGAGGGAGACCGAGACUUGGAAGAGUUCGCGAAACCCGUGCCCUACAGCGGGAAAAAAAAAAGAAGAGUGGCGUCCAGAGAUACUGACGCCAAAAGGGCUGACGAGGCUUACGAAAUUAUGAAAGCAGCCAGCAACCGAGACGACUGUGCUAUUUAUGGGGAAUAUGUUGCUAGCGAGCUACGCAGAUUAAGUGGCUAUAGCCAAAUGAUGGUCAAACAUGCAAUUAAUAAUAUUCUGUUUGAAGGAGCACUGGGGAAAUAUGAUAAACCCAACCCAACUCAAUUUCCAGUUCCAGUCCCUACCUCGAGCCCAAUUCCACAUUAUCACAGCCCUGUUCCAAGCCCAAUUCCACAUUCUCACAGCCCUGUUCCAAGCCCAAUUCCACAUUCUCACAGCCCUGUUCCAAGCCCGCUUUCAGUUCCAAGCCCAAAUCAGUACCCAGUUCCCCUUUCAACUCCAAGCCCAAUUCCCCUUCCUACUCAUAGCCCAAGUCCCAGUUCAAGUCUAUCGACGACUGAGAUACAGGAAGAAGCCUCAAGUGAUACCUUUUCACUAGUACAUUUUGUUAUGUAAAAUUAAAUAGAAGGUUUUGUGAAAA